AUGUCAUCCAAAGUAGUCCUCAUCUUUGGCUAUGGACCUAGGAUUGGUGUUGCUGUAGCUCGCGCAUUUGCUAGCAGCGGCUACAAGGUGGCAGUUGUCUGUCGUUCAAAUAAACUGGAUGAUACCGCCGCCGAUUAUCUUUCAAUCAGAGCGGAUUUAUCAGAUGCGUACAAUGUCGAAGGUGUAUUCACCGAAGUUAAAGAAAAGCUGGGAAUUCCGAGUGUUGUCAUAUAUAAUGCUUUCAUCCUUUCCACCCAGGGAUUUGAUCAGCCCUUAUCAAGCAUAAUUACAGAUGCGCAUAUUAAUACCUUUUCCGCCUAUGCCGCCGCCCAAUUGGCUGUCAAGGGAUUUGCGGAAUUGCCGUCGGAUGCGUCUAAGACCUUCAUUUAUACUGGUAACAAGCUACAUAUUAUGACUUUAGAGCCUCUGAUUUCGUUUGGCAUGGGAAAGGCAGCGGCCGCUCAUAUGAUUCAUUAUUUAUCAGAGGUGUACAGGACCUCUGGAUAUAAAUUCUAUCACGUAGAUGAGCGUGAAUCGAAUGGAGAGCCCGCAUAUGGGAAGUUAGAUCCCGAGGCUCAUGCCAACUACUAUGUUAAAUUGUCUGAAGAAAAAGACCAGGGGCCCUGGAAUUCGACCUUUGUUAAGGAAAAGGGGUAUGUCAAGUUCGAUGAGACCCCAAUGCACGGAGGUCGUUUUCCCGGGCCGUGA